CGAAGUUUGCGAUCAUUUUUAAGUCAACUAAAUAAGUGACAAAAUUACAAGUAAUUAGAACAAAAGUAAGGAUAUGCGCCAAGUCCAAAAGUUACAAAACUAUUAUUUGGAAUGACCAGGGGCAUAAGGACAUCAAAUGGUGGAAUCCCAAGGAUGCAAGGAUCCAAGGAUGAUAAUGAAAAUCAACAAUCUCGUGAGAUAAUUGAUACUCGUCAAAAGAGGCAAAAAACACAUUCCAAGUCAUUAAGGCAACCAUUACAAUCAACACAAGUAUCCAACCAGUAUGUGAGCUCCACAAGUUUGAGGUACAGGGGAAGCCACAAGUCUGAAGAGGAUUUCGGUGCGUUGAUGCAGCGGGAUUAUAAGGCCCAGAAGCAUCACACCGAUCGCCAGGCCCUCGCCGAUAUAAUCCUGAUGCAGGCUCGACGCAUCGAGAAACAGCAGCGGGAACUGCUUCGAAUAAAGGCCCACUAUGAGUGCCAAGUGUCCACCAUCAAGAACAAUGCCAUCAUGCUGGAGUCCCAUCUGCAGAAAGUCCUGGCCAGUGUUCACCAUCGGGAUCGGGCAAAGCGGAUCGGCCACCACUACCAGGACAUGUGCGGUGCUGUGGAGAAUUUGGAGAAUUGCGGCAUUAAUAUAAAGCCGCAGUCCGUGGCCAAUCAUUUGCUGAUCAAGUAUCUCAACUCGCACCCGGCCAGAAGCACUAAUGAAAAUAUAAGCACCUACAGGAAUAUGUUGUGAAUUGUGCUGUUGUGGGAAGCCCAUAUUUUCAUCAGUUCUUCUAGUCACCAGGCUAGGAAUGCUUUGCUUAUAUCAAUAAAAUACCCAUUUCAAAUAUUGC